AUGCUCUACACGUCGGGCACGACGAACCGGCCCAAGGGUGUCGUAUUGACCAUACCAACCAUGACCGCACAAGCCCGCUCUCUGAUCGAAGCGUGGAAAUACACGCCUUCAGACCUGCUGUUGCACGUUCUCCCCCUGCACCACAUCCACGGCACGAUCAACGCGCUGUUCACGCCUCUCAUGGCCGGAGCGGCCGUCGAGUUCGCAUACCCCUUCAACGCGGAUACCGUUUGGAAGCGUCUAGCGCUGCCGUUCCUCCCACACUCCCCACCAACGAAGAGGCCCAUCACAUUCCUCACCGUUGUGCCAACGAUAUAUAAUAGAUUGCUUGCAAGCCAUUCGACGUUGUCCUCAGAAAUGCAAGAAGCCACACGUACGGCCAUCACUCCGCAAUACAUGAGGCUGAAUAUCUCGGGGUCCGCGGCGCUGCCGACGCCGACGAAGCAGGCGUGGACGGAGCUCAGUUCGGGGAAUGUCCUACUUGAGCGGUACGGUAUGACGGAAGUCGGCAUGGCGCUGUCAUGCGGUUUGGCGUUUGAGGACCGCGUGGAUGGAAGCGUCGGCUGGCCAUUGCCUAGUGUCGAGGUCAGACUUGUGGAUACCGAGACCGGCGAGGUGGUUCCUCCUAAUGAAGAAGUGGGCAAAGACGGCAAGUUGCGCGAGGGAGAAAUCCAGCUUCGUGGACCGACGAUAUUUAAGGAGUAUUUCCGCAACCCGAAGGCUACGGCCGAGGAAUUUGUCGAAAGCGACGACAAUGGCGGGAAGUGGUUCAAGACUGGCGACGUGGCUGUCCGGCAGAGUGUUCCGGGGACAGGCCAAAGUGAGCAAGAGUCGGCGAAAGGACCAAUGUAUUUCAUACGCGGCCGGAAGAGCGUCGACAUCAUCAAGACGGGCGGCGAGAAGGUGUCCGCUCUGGAGAUCGAGCGCGAAUUACUCUCACUGCCCGAGAUCUCGGAAGCGGCUGUCGUCGGUCUCCCGUCGGAGCAGUGGGGCCAGAAAGUCGCAGCGGUGGUGGUUCUGGCUCCUGCUGGACUGACGGGUGGCAGAGGCGGGAAGCAGUGGGGAGUCAUGGACAUGAGGAGGGCACUGAAGGACAAAUUGGCCAACUACAAGAUCCCGCAGGAGUUGAAGGUUGUGGAGUCGAUACCACGGAAUGCGAUGGGGAAAAUCAACAAGAAGACGUUGAUCAAGGAUGUGUUUGGGCAGAAACCCCUAUAA